AUGGUACGAAUCUUCCACCUUUCGCAUGAGUACGACUUUGACUUUUCUUUGCUAAGCCAGGCGUUUUUUCUCAAAUAUCCGAACCCUUUCUCGAAGCAUGUGUCCUCUUGCGACACCAUUGAGCAGUACGUUGAUGGCCAGGGCCGGUUGGUGGUGAAACGACUGAUUCGCAAAAAGGGCCGCCUUCCGUCGAUGCUCAGGUUUGUUGUGGGCUCUAUCAGCGACACAUGGACUUUGGAGUCCUCAGUAGUUGACCCCAAGGCUCGCACACUGACCAGCUGGGUGCGAAAUCUAGAUCACACCACAAUCAUGCGUGUGGACGACUACUCAAAGUACCAAUGCACCCAGUCAGGCACGCGAGUAGUCCACGAGGUCCGCUUCGAGUCGGGACUAACCAGAGGCAUCCGCGAAAAGCUAGAGGACUGGGGCAAAAAGCAGUUUGUGAAAACUCUUGAAAACUCGCGAGAGGGUUUACAGUUCGCCGUGAGAAGACUGCAGCAAGCAUCAUUAGUACGAGCAGCGUCCGCUUGA